AUGGCCAUUCCUGUAGCCAAACUCCACCACCUCACAACUGAGCUCUGCAGAAAAGCCAAAACUGUUGAAAACUUCAGGAACACUGAGAUUUGGGGCCUGAAAACUCUGGGCCUUCUGACCAUUGAAACAGGACGUUUUAUACCUAUGGUCUUCUAUAAUACUACAAAAGAGCAAGAUUCAAUGUCUUCAAGAUGCUCUCCUUUAAUAUUCUGGGCUGUGGCUGAAACAGCUCUUAUUGAUCAAGAUGACUUUUUGCAUUCUGAUGAAGUUUCUCUGGGAAUUGGCUGUCCUGUAACCGACAUAAUUAAAGAGGUGUCUGAGUUUAAUUACCUUAAAUCAACCACCAUCUGCCUGUUUGGUUUUGCCUAUUGGAUUCCACACUUCCAGGAUCCCUUCUUAAAGAUACCCCAUAAGUCAAUCGAACUUUUUUUGCUACACUCAUUAGUUCACGAGAGUGUAAAUAUGGCUGUGUUCUAG